AUGACCAUCAAGCCCAUCACGCCCCUGUCAGCCGCCGACCUCGACGCCCUCUCCGCCGCAGAUGUCCGCACCCCAAUCGCCGCCGACGCCCUCUUCCCGGCAUUGUCCUCGCCGCCCUUCAUCCCCUCCCGCUCCCUCUUCAACCUCCGCGAUCUCGGCGCCGUUCCCGGCAGCGCCCUGACAACCACGCGCUUCUACCGCUCUGGCUUCCUCGAGGGCGCCACCAGAGACCCCGAGGCCCUUGCCUGGCUCGCCAGUCAUGUCCGCCGCAUCUUCGACCUGCGCAUUCCCGAGGAGCGCGACAAGGCUCCCGACCCAGUCGUUCCGGGUGUCGAAAAUGUCUGGCUGGACGUCGAGGAAGGGUAUCCCAUGCCCCCGCUGGAGGACUUUGCCGUCGACGGCGGAGAGACGGCCUGGAAGAAAGAAUAUAUGAAUUGCGCGCUGGCCUAUCGCCCUGUCAUCCGGAAGAUACUAGAGCAUGUCCGCGACCGACCCACGGAACCAGUCUUGUUCCAUUGCACCGCUGGGCGUGACCGAACCGGCGUGGUGGCCGGCCUCCUCCACGCGCUUGCCGCGUCGACGGACGAGGCAUCGACACGGGACUACAUGCUUUCACGCAUUGGCACCGAGCCCGCACGCGAGAAGCUGUUACAUUACGCCAUGAGCACGCUGGGCGUUUCGGAUCCAGAGACGCCCGGGUUUUACAAUUUGGUCAGUUUGCGGCCCUCGUUUUGGGCCCGCUUCCAGGAAGCGCUCAGUGAGAGGUUUGGCGGCUGGGAGGGCUACGUUACGAGCGGCAUGGGCUUUUCCAAGGCCGAUCUUGACAAAAUCAAGCUCAAUUUGCGGUCGUAG